AUGAAAUACUUCUUACUUUUGGCUUUAUUGGUUCUACCAGCUGUGAUAUUCACCUUUGAGAAUGGCAAUAGAAUGUUAUCAUAUGCUGAAGAUUCUUUAGAAGAUGAAAUUGAUGUUGAAGGAGAAGCUGAAGUAGAAGUGGGGGGUACUGAAGAUGAUGAUGAUGAUGUUAAAACAACAGCCUCACCAGAUGCAGACACUACACUAUUAUUUGUUAAACCAAUCCAAAGUGGAGCAUCCCAAUUAGAAAUCCCAGCUGGUUUGCCAGUUGAAUUCUUGGUUGGAUUCCGCAACAAAGGCAAAGAUCCAUUUGUAGUUGAAUCAUUAGAAGCUUCAUUCAGAUACCCAAUGGACUUUAACUUCUUUAUCCAAAACUUUUCCGCCAUUGGAUACAACAAAAUCGUAUCUUCUCAAGAAGAAGCCACUUUCCACUACAGUUUUGUGCCAUCAGAAGCCUUUGCUGGAAGGCCUUUUGGUUUAAACAUCAACUUGGCUUAUCACGAUAACAAUGGAAACUCCUUCCAAGAAGCAAUGUUCAAUGAGACUGUACAAAUUGUUGAACUAGAAGAAGGGCUUGAUGGGGAAACUUUCUUUUUAUACGUAUUUUUGGCAGCUUUGGUUGUUCUUUUGUUGGUUAUUGGGCAACAAACUCUCUUGUCUGUUGGUAAGAAACGCACCAGCACCCGUAAACAUACUCCAAUUGAAACUGGAACUAAUAACCCCAACAACGUUGAUUACGACUGGCUGCCAAAACAAACCCUAGCCAAUCUAAACAAAGAAAAACUACAUAAAUCACCAAAAUCUCCAAAACAAAGUCCAAGACAACGUACAGCUAAAGUAACAACAGGCUCAAAAUAG